CGGGGCUGCCCCAGCCUCCAGGGCACUGCCUCCCAAGAGGAGGAUAGGGAAAAAAAGGGAGAGAUGCCGACCGCCAUAGCUCUGGCUUCCUUGUCCAACGCCCUCGUCUCACCUCUAUGGGCGUCGAGCCGGAGGGCUCUAAUGGCACCCGCCGCCCUCGCUUGCGCUCUCGCCGCCGCUCCCCAUCCUUGCCGGAACCGCGGCCGCAAGAAGGACAUCUGCUGGGUCGCAACAAAGAAGGCCCCUCUUCGCCGCUCUUUCAAGGCGGAGGCUAUUGCCGUUGAGAGCACUGCUUCCGCUUUAGCUAAUGGGUAUCCAGAAUACAAACGCCUUCUCCCAUGUCCAUCACAAAAUCAGCCACCAAGGGUUGAGCACCUUGUAGUAUCAGAAGAAGGGGUUGUUCUUGAUUAUAUCUCUAAAGCUCUGCAUCUUCCUCCUCUGUAUGUUGCAGAUCUUAUUCAUUUUGGAGCUGUGCAUUAUGCAUUAGUGUGCCCAAAGCCUCCUCCAAGUGCAACGCCUGAGCAAGUUCAGGUCUUUAAAGAAGUAACAGAUCCUUCAGUUCUGCAGAAGAGAUCAUCUAUUAAAGGGAAGACUGUGAGGGAAGCACAGAAGACCUUUAGGGUAACAGAUGUUAAUCAAAUUGUCGAAGCAGGCACUUACCUACGUGUUCAUGUACACCCUAAACGCUUCCCAAGGUGCUAUGAAAUUGAUUGGAAAUCCAGAAUCAUAGCAGUUGCUGAUUCAUAUGUGGUCCUCGACAAACCAGCUGCAACUUCCGUUGGAGGAACAACAGAUAACAUUGAAGAAUGUUGUGCAACAUUUGCUUCUCGUGCCUUAGGAUUGGAAACUCCUCUGAAGACAACCCAUCAGAUAGAUAACUGCACUGAGGGCUGUGUUGUAUUGGCUAGAACAAAAGAAUUCUGCUCUAUUUUUCAUGGAAUGAUUAGGGAGAAACAGGUGAAAAAGUUUUAUCGAGCCCUUGCUGCUGCGCCUGUGCCUGUUGGAAUUAUCUCUCAUUACAUGCGUCCUGUGAAUGUUGCUCCAAGAUUAGUUUCUGAAGAAUCUAUUGGUGGAGGGCAUCUCUGCCAGUUGGAGGUGUUGGAAUGCAAGGAGGUCCCUUGGCCAAAUGUUGACGUUGAGAAAAGCUACGGCAUUGAAUAUUGUGAAUGGCCCUCCAAGGACAUUGCCUAUGAAUGUAAGAUCAAUCUCUUGACAGGAAAAACUCAUCAGGUCAGAGCACAGUUGGCUGCUAUUGGUGCGCCUAUAGUUGGUGACUCGAUGUACAUGCCUGCUGCUGUGGCAGAAAUGUGUAAUCCCCAGAUUAACCCAUUUGGUAGAAAUAGAAAGCAAUUUACAAGUGAGGAUGGCAGAAUGUUAGCUAUUGAAGAGUGGAUUGCACAGCAUGGCAAGGAACCUAGUGCAGCUAUUGGCCUCCAAGCAUUCCAUGUCUCCUGGAAUGGUGGCAAUUGUUCUUAUGAGGCUGGGGCUCCAUGGUGGCAAUGCGCAACAUCAUAAAUCUAGGACUGCAUGGAAAUCAACAUUCUGAUUUUCCAGACAGAUCUCAUGUGGUGUGACAUUUAAUAGGCUUUUAUUGGCACACAGAAGGGUGAAAGAUAAAGACUGCAACAUUGAGGUUUGCUGCAAAGCCUAGUCUUCCCUGAUGGAAAUGAAUGGUGUGUUUUUGAUAUUUUGUUUUUGCACAAAGCUCAAAAAGGCAAUUAUCAUGGAUUAUUGGUAAUACUUUUGUGAGGACAAGAUGUGAUGAGAUCCACAGAAGAUUUAUAUAUCUUGAGACUCUGAACGUGCACUUUAUAUUGAAUAUUAUUUUAAUAGAGAAAGGUUUUUUUUCUUA